AGAAAUUGUUUUAUAUCUGUCAUUUAAAUAAUUUCAUCAAAAAAUGGCCCCGACCCGGAGUUUUCUUGGAUUUUUAAAUCCAAGAACGAUUAGCUCGGUUUUUAAUAGUAACUUAUCUAAAACUUCUUGUCGUUUCUUGCACAAAUGUAAUAAUUGUAACCACGCAGGGGGGACCUUGGUAUUCCUACAUAAAAAUUUUAAAUAUAACGAAAUAGCGAAACAUCGCUUAAUACAUACUUCAAGCAGCUUAAGUGCUCGAACUGACUAUUAUAAAGUUCUUGGAGUUGCUAAGAAUGCUUCUGCUAAGGAUAUCAAGAAAGCAUAUUAUCAGCUUGCUAAAAAAUAUCACCCUGAUGCAAACAAAUCUGACCCAGAAGCUCCUAAAAAGUUUCAGGAAGUAUCAGAAGCCUAUGAGAUCCUGUCUGAUGAAUCAAAGCGUAAACAAUAUGAUACAUAUGGAACCACGUCAGAUCAGAUGGGUGGUAUGGGAGGCCCUGGCGGUAAUGAUGGUUUUACACAUCAGUGGCAAUAUAAGUCUACAAUAGAUCCUGAGGAGCUGUUCAGAAAAAUAUUUGGUGACGCUGGCUUUAAAAGUGAGGCUUUCAGUGACUUUGCAGAGAGUCAAUUUGGAUAUGGAGCAGCCCAAGAGGUAGUAGUUAACCUACGUUUUACUGAAGCAGCAAGGGGUGUGAAUAAAGAUAUUAAUGUAAAUGUUGUGGACACAUGCCCAAAAUGUCAAGGAAGCAGAUGUGAACUUGGUACAAAAGCUAUCAAAUGCACUUAUUGUAAUGGUACUGGAAUGGAAACAUUUUCAAGAGGUCCAUUUGUUAUGAGGUCUACUUGUCGACAUUGUCAUGGAACAAGAAUGCUAAUUAAGUACCCCUGUGUUGAAUGUGAGGGCAAAGGCCAAAGUGUACAAAGAAAAAAAAUAACAGUUCCCGUACCUGCGGGUGUUGAAGAUGGUCAGACAGUGCGUAUGUCAGUUGGUAGCAAUGAGAUAUUUGUUACAUUUAAAGUGGACACCUCUAGUUACUUCAAACGUGAUGGACCUGAUGUACACACAGACUGCACGAUUUCCGUGUCUCAAGCCUUAUUGGGUGGCACUGUCCGAAUACAAGGAUUGUAUGAAGACCAUACAUUACAGAUUGUACCAGGAACAUCGUCCCACAGUACAAUCCGUCUAUCGCGCAAAGGCAUGAAGCGAGUGAGCCAACAUGGAUAUGGCGACCAUUACGUUCAUAUUAAAAUACAGGUACCAAAGACACUAAGCGCAAAGCAGAAAGCGCUGAUGUAUGCGUAUGCGGAAUUAGAGGAUGACACUCCGGGUCAAAUUCAUGGCGUUUCCUUCGACAGAGAUGAAAGCACAAAAAGUAGCGAUAGUAAUCAGACGAAAUCACAAAAUAUACAUCCGCAGAACAGAGACUCUGAGACGAAACGCGAAUCAAAAUGGACGUUUAUCGAUAGUUUGGUGCAGGCCUACGAAAACAAUCGCUCGGCUUUCCUAUUAGGUGUAUCUAUAAGCCUAUUUUGUGUUGGGCUUAUAUUGUUUGACGCUCCCAAGUAUGAUGUACAGGAAAUACAGGAGCACGUUCAGACUCAACCCUUGGAUGUACCAAUGGGUUACCAAAGAGCGAUUAAGAAACAGAAAGACCAGCAACCGGAGUUGUAUGAAGCGUAAUUUCUAAACGUUUAGUCACGUUAUAAAUACUUUAAAUUGAAACCAAUUAUAUCAGCGAUAUAAACCGUGAUUUAUAUCGCUGAUAAUUGGUUUCAGUUCAAAGAAUUUUUUUUUCACAGAGUACAAAGUACUGUAUUAGACUAUUACAAAUAUUUAGACGGCAAAUUAGAGUUAAGCGUUUAAUACAGUUGACAUAUUUAUAAGUGAACUGACAGUUGGGUUGAGAAUGUUGACAUUUGAUUGGUCGACAGAAACUGUAGUCCAUUCGCAGAAACGCGAUACGAGCCUUUGACCAAUCAGAAUCAAACGAUGCGUAACGUCGUAUCGUUUGCGUUCUCGUUGUUAGUGUCUGCGGGAUUUAGGGUGGAGACUUAACGCAAAUAUUAAUGUUUGUCAAAAUUUAAUAUUUUGACAUAUGGGACAACUCCCAUAUGUCAAAAUAUUAAAUUUUGCCAGCCCAACGGCUGUACUAAGUCUCUACCCUGAAUGAGGCUAUUAAAUUUGUAGGCACUAUAAUCUUAUAGUAUGAUGGUUGUAAUUUAUUUUAUAAUGUAAAUAAUUCCAUGAAUAUAUAAUGUUGAUUAAAUUGUUGUUUUAUUUCCUUGUCCCAUCAUGCUAUAAUUUUAUAUUUAGAUGUUUUAAAUUCUAAAGCCUACUUAUUGUCAUAGGUAAGGAGGCGUAGGCAGAGAUGUCCUUGUAA